AAAAUAGAAGAAAACCUGGCAAAGAACUACAUACACAAUAUCCUAUAAACAUUGUUUUAUUCAAAUUAUAAAUAUUGUGUUCUCUGAAAAAUAAUUCAAUCCUGUUUUAAUUUUGUAUUUUAUAAUUCUGUAAAAAUUUUAAACUAACCUUAACCGCAUAAUGUCUGCAUUAAAAGACAAGCUUACUAAUCUAACUGAUAUUCCCCUGGGAUUACAACAAGGAGAUAUUAAUAGCCCUGAAAUAAAUGCUGAAAAAACUGAUAAGAUAAAAUCAAACUCUUUAAAAAGAUUUUUUCGAACGGCCAAAAGCAGCUUGACUCCAUCAACAAAUGUUGAUAAUGCAGCUAUUGAAUCUGAGGUGAAGAAUGUCCGUUCACUUCAAUUGAGAUUUGGAAGCUUCGAUAAAAAGGAUGAUAAAGAAAAAUUAUCAAAAACUCAUAGUGAACCAAGUUCGUCUUCAGACGCUUCAAGGUUAACAAUAUCAGAAAAUCGUUCAAAAUUACAAACUCGUAUUGCAAACUAUUGGACAGCAACAUUUAAGAAAUCUUCAAAGCAAGCUUCUACCAACAAAAACGCCCCAACCGGAGAAAAUACCCUUUCGACAGGCGAUGUCGACGUAUUGCAAAACAAUCAGUCAACUAAUUUGUAAAAAUAUUCUUUUGGUAAUAAAAAUCCAAAUUUAGGACUUGCAAAAUCAAAAAAUAUA